GCAGAACCCUAAACCCUUAAAAGGGUUAAUAGAUGCAUUGAAUUGACCGACCGACUAUUUCUCGAUCAGAGUUUCGAUCAACAAUGGCGAAGAGUGUGAUCUCAAUGGACCAGCUGAAAGCUUUGUGGCACUCUGAGGUUCACGACGAACGAAAGUGGGCUGCUAACAUGAAACUUGUGAGAGCACUUGGGGUGUUUGCAGGAGGAAUCUUCCUCAUGCGUAACUUUGGUGAUCUCAUGGCUGUCUGAAGAAGAAACCUGAUAUAACAAUGGAGGAGCUUCUCUUAGUUUUUCACUUUCUCAGUUUUUGUAAUUUUGAAUGUCUCUGCUCUCUAUAGAACUGAUGUUCUAGUUUAUGAUUUCACCAUUGUGAUACGAAAAAUAUCUCAGUUGAAGAUUUGUUUCCAGUGACUGUGGUUCUUAUGUUAUGCUAAAGAGGUUAUUUUCAUGCACAA